AUGGUGGCCGUUUCUGCGUCCGGCUCACAGGUCCUGGGGCAGCAAUCCAGGAAGCUGGGAACCGGAGUCGGGGCUCUUCGGCUGCCAGUGAAGAGGAGCAGAUCAGUACUUGCGCGCUCCUUCAAGACCCGCGAGGGUGGUAUCACAGAGAAGGGAAUUGACGGCAGCGAUGAAAUGACGCAGAAGUACCAGGAGAUUGCAAGUGACCUGAAGGAAAAGUGGGAGGAGACAGAGGAGAAGCCUGCUGUCGUUGCCAUCACUGUGUCAGCUUUUAUUGCUAUCUGGGCUGCAUCCGGAGUCGUGGAUGCUGUGGACAAGCUGCCAAUCAUCGGAGGCCUUUUGGAGUUUGUUGGACUCCUGGUGACAGGAUGGUUUGCCUACAGAUACCUUAUCUUUGGCCCUGACAGGGAGGAGCUUAAGAGCAACAUUGAGUCUUUCCUGAAGAAGGUGACUGGCAAGAGCCAGGUGUGA